AUGGCGACGCCGCCGCCGCUGGCGGUGGAGGUGCGCUGCGCGGGCUGCGGCGAGACGCUGGAGGUGGAAAACGGGACCACCGACUUCGCAUGCCCGGGCUGCGGCGCCGCGCCGCGCCUCCCCCCGGAGCUCAUGCCGCAGCCGCAGCCGCGCCCGCGCCGCGCCAUCCCUCUGCCGGCGGCGGCCGGGCGCGCCGCUGCGGCGUCGCAAGACCGCGUGCCGUGCGGCUGUAGUGGUGCCCUUAUCACCGCGCCGCCGGGUCUUGGAGGCUUCGCCUGCCCAAUCUGCGGCGUCGCCGGCCGACGCCCCCAGGGCAGCGCCCCAGCGACUGGUGUCCCAAUGGCGCAGCCACUGCCUCCAGAGCCUCAGGUCUUGGGAGACCCCCAAAGUCAUGCAGGACAGGUGCGUCCAGAAAGGUAUAAGGCACCCAUCCACCUCGAGCAGUCACAAGGAUGGCGCCCUAACCAUUCAGCCUAUAGAGGCGAGGCAUACAGUUCAUUAAGAGCAGAUAAAGGAGUACAUGGUGGGGCUGCUCAAGGCGACUCCUGUAGUCAUGUUCAUGUGGACUCGCAUGUUGAGCCACUUGAAACUUCAUCCCUCGUGGUUGAGGACUCUGACCCUCCUUCGAAGCGACGUCGCUUUCAUGGAUCCCUUUCAAAAGGGUCUGUCAAGGCAGCUCAAUGCAGUGAGAAGGAGAACGUUCGUGUAUAUGAGAGAAGGGUCAAAGCAAGGAAUGAUGGGGAUGGACGACAUGGUGAAGCCCCUCACGAACGUAUGCACGAGGUUGUGUCAAAGAGGAAGGCAUCCAAGGUUCGAAUGAGGACCACUAAUAAGCCAUUGAUUGCAGCUCGAACCACCACUGUGCCAAGAGGUAAUACUUUUCCACUACGGAGAGGCACGGGCGAGAACAAGGGCAAUGGCAAGGGAGUUGCUUCUAGCUCCUGUGCCGAGGAUGAGGAAGAAGAACAUCAGCCACUAGGACAGCCAACAGUUGGUCCUUUGAGGUUGCAUAGCCCUGCUCCUAGUGAUUAUGGUAGGCGAACUGUCAAUUACAAGGGCCAGACCAGGCAAAGUAACUCAAUGAAACUGAACAAGUACAAUGCAAGACUGAAGAAGAUCAAUCAGCGGCUCAAAGCAAUUCAGCGCCAUUUCAACAUUGAGCCUCCUUUCUCUCCGGAUGGUUCGGAGGUAGAGGAGAGUGAUCCAGAGGUGUUUGAGGACCCCUUUGCAGCUUAUGAGGCUGGCGCGACUGCCUCUGUCCCUGCCUCUGCAGGACAUGGCACAAGACUUUGGAUUGAGCAGGGCGAAGAGCUUGGCGAUGAUGAGGAAACUGAAGAUGAAACCGAAGAGGAAGGAAAUGAUCAUGAAGAGGGCGAUGAUGAUGAUGAUGAUGAUGAUACAUUUCAUGAGGGCGGUUCCCACUGGACCCUCCUCAUCCUUGACAAGGCCACUAGCCCCUCAGCGCCCCGCUUCGUCCACCAUGACAGCCUCCCCGGCGCGCCCAACCUCCCUGUCACUGCUCGCCUCGCCGACGCACUCCACCCCCUGCUGUCAGGCAGCGAUUCCAAGAGGGACACUGUUCCGCUCAUCGAGGGGCCCACCCCGAGGCAGACCAAUGGCUAUGACUGCGGUGUCUAUGUCAUGGCCAUCGCCAGGGCUCUGUGCGCCUGGUGGAACAAUGGCCAGUAUCACCGGGAAGGCGAUUGGUUCCAGGCGGUGAGGAGGGACGUGGACGCCCACAGCGUCAAGGCCAUGAGGGCAGACUUGCUGCAGCUAAUCAACACUCUCAUCCAAGAGAAGGCCAAGGCCAAUUCCCCAUCCAAGGGCGACACUGACCCAGGGUCAUUAGAAUGA